UCCCUCAGGUCCCUCCCUGUCCUCCCCUGCCGAGGAGGAGGCCUUGGGUACCAGAGUCUUAAGGAAACGGAGCUCGGCCCGGUUUUUGUUUGGACUGGUUUUUUGCUCUUUUGGUUGUUUCUGACCUCUCUGUGCUUAAAGAGAAACCCUGAUCCGUUCCUCUCGCCUGAGGCCUUGGGUACCAGAGUCUUAAGGAAACGGAGCUCGGCCCGGUUUUUGUUUGGACUGGUUUUUGCUCUUUUGGUUGCUUCUGACCUCUCUGUGCUUAAAGAGAAACCCUGAUCCGUUCCUCUCGCCUGAGGCCUUGGGUACCAGAGUCUUAAGGAAACGGAGCUCGGCCCGGUUUAUGUUUGGACUGGUUUUUUGCUCUUUUGGUUGCUUCUGACCUCUCUGUGCUUAAAGAGAAACCCUGAUCCGUUCCUCUCGCCUGAGGCCUUGGGUACCAGAGUCUUAAGGAAACGGAGCUCGGCCCUGUUUUUGUUUGGACUGGUUUUUUGCUCUUUUGGUUGCUUCUGACCUCUCUGUGCUUAAAGAGAAACCCCGAUCCGUUCCUCUCGCCUGAGGCCUUGGGUACCAGAGUCUUAAGGAAACGGAGCUCGGCCCGGUUUUUGUUUGGACUGGUUUUUUGCUCUUUUGGUUGUUUCUGACCUCUCUGUGCUUAAAGAGAAACCCCGAUCCGUUCCUCUCGCCUGAGGCCUUGGGUACCAGAGUCUUAAGGAAACGGAGCUCGGCCCGGUUUUUGUUUGGACUGGUUUUUUGCUCUUUUGGUUGCUUCUGACCUCUCUGUGCUUAAAGGGAAACCCCGAUCCGUUCCUCUCGCCUGUCCUUCCUCCCUGCCUCCUGUCCUUCCUGCCUCCCUGUCCUCCAGGAAGCUUGACCAGGGGCCCAUCGGGAUAUCUGCUUUUCCAGGCCGGCUUCUACUUCCCCUCCUGACUCCAGUUUCCAGGGUGAGUUUGAGAAUUUGCUCACGAGCCGCUGCCGAACUUCCAAUGUGGGGAAGACUGGAAUUUCACGGCGGGAAUGACUCAGGUCUGUCCAGCUACUUGAGGACGUAGGCCGGGCUCUCUGACACCCGCUCCUCCCAGGAGCCGCUUUUAAGCGAUAGCGAAAGAUGGCAGAAGCCGUCCUGAUCGAUCUGUUUGGCCUGAGACGGGGUUCCCGGAUCAUCUGCCUUCAGAGGGUCCUGAGCGCCCUGGGGCUGACGGGAGGCGGCGGCGCCUCAGAAGCCCCCUUCCUCUGCGUGAUGUGUGGCCCAGAUCCCGGUGGCGAGAAUGGAGACGAGCAAAAUCGACUGCUCGAGACCAUGGGUGGGCUCCAACCGCUCCAAAGGGGACUGGAGAUUGUGAGCGGGCCGGGCGAAGCCGCCGCCUUGUACGCGAUUAAACAGAGACUUGACGCGGAGGACGUGAGUCGCAUUAAAAUCAUCACGCCGGUUCCCAGGAAGGCGAUAAUGGAGGCUUUUGUCGACCAGCUCUUCACCGAUGUCUAUCGGUUCGACUUUGAAGAGUUGCAAGUUAACACGGAAGGGAAACCUCUGCCCCGGCCCACGGGGAAAGAACCUCUCUCUGCCCGAGAAUUGGAAGACGUCAGGAGUGACAUUGAGACCUACUUGGGCACCUUGCCGGGACUGAAAGGAGAAUUAACUAUUCUCAAGUCUUACUUGAUCCCAGAAGACGCUUUCAUACAUGGAUUCACCACAAGGGCAGGUGGGAUAUCGUAUAUACCGACUCUCAGCUCCUUCAAUCUCUUCAGUAGUUCGAAAAGGAGAGAUCCGAAGGCCGUAGUCAAGGAGAACCUACGUCGGCUGGCUAAAGCGGCUGGAUUUGACCCAGAAAAAUUUCACCACAUAAAGACUGACCACGCCAGUGGUGUGUGGGUCAUGGGGAAGGAGGAGCCUGACUGCUACGAUGGAAUCACUACCAAUCAGAGAGGAGUUACCCUAGCAGCCCUGGGAGCCGACUGCAUACCUCUGCUCUUUGCCGAUCCGGUCAAAAAGGCUUGUGGUGUGGCCCAUUCUGGAUGGAAAGGAACCUUGUUAGGAGUAGCCAUGGCUACAGUCAGGGCUAUGCUGACAGAAUACGGCUGCAACCUGGAGGACAUUCUGGUGGUCUUGGGCCCUUCUAUCGGACCCUGCUGCUUUACGCUUCCCAAGGAAUCGGCAGAGGCAUUUCACAGUCUCGAUCCAAAGUGUGUACGACUCUUUGACUCUCCCAAUCCCUAUGUCGACAUUCGGAGGGCCACGAAAGUUCUUCUAGAACGUGGGGGGAUUCUUCCCCAAAAUAUUCACGGUGAUUCCAGCAUCCACAAGGACCAGGAUUUCACUCUCUGUACGUCCUGUAACCCUGACAAGUUUUUCUCCCACGUCCGCGACGGCCUUAAUUUUGGGACACAGAUCGGCUUCAUAUCAGUCAGAGACUGAGAGCACCUGUUCAUUUUCCACAAAGGAGCCCCGUGUGGAGAAGCCCAGCGAAAAGAACACAGAGAUUUGAGUUCAUCAGCCUUCAAUCUGGAGAUGCUGAAGACGGAGAACUUGGUCCCCGAGAGAAUUUCCGACUCUCUGAACAGCCGUUUGGUGGUGGCGGGGGCAGCGGCAGGCUUUCAAGCAACCGAUCGAUCAAAUGAUCAGUCGAGCGCUUACUAUGUGAGAAGCAGCACGGCCUAGUGCGUAGAGCACGGGGUUGGGAGGCAGAG